CAUAUCACCAAGUAAUCCGUUAGACACAUAGCAUCACCAGCAUUAUAAAGCUGGGAAGGAUUGAGGGCGGAAUACUUGACAGCUCUCUUUCUCUCUUUAUCUCUUUUCCUGCUUGCUUGCCUUUGUCCAAUGGCGAAUACCAACGCCACGGUCAUUAGCGUUGCUCCUUCUCCUCCAUCGCCAGCCGAAUAUGCAGCAGAAAGCGAGCCAACGUCGUCACUCUAUGGCAAUGCCACCAGCACCCGCACUAACAUUGGCCCGUCGCCCAAACUGGAUGAGUAUCGCAACAUGAUUCGCCACAUUCUGACAAAGAUCAGCAAACGACGUCGUCCACCGUCUGCCUUGGUCCAGCUGGUUGAAUCCUGUACAUCAGUAGAACCUAAUACAACUUUUGAUAAUGAAGAAGUUGUAGAUCUACUGAUGCAACUACGAACGGCCCUGACUUUAUGCGAAAAGAGUGGCCUCGGUCCUGAAAUAUUGAUACAGCGAGAUCCGCGUGUAUCACCAGGACCAUCGCAAGGCAACUCGCCCAUCAUGGCCACUUCACCACAGACACUAGCAUUCGAAACAGAGCAUAAAGUAUCAUCGUUUGAAAAUAUCGUUGCUAUGCUCGAUGAUCUAGUAUUGAACGAUUGCCGAUACAGCACAGCAAAUCCACGACCUUCACGACCGCCAUACAGCAUGCAAUCCGUCUUGGUUGAUGUAGCUACGAUCUUAGUGACCUUAUGCGACGAUACGAUGCUGCUCUCUAUAAUCGGCACGACAAUGCUGCCUGCAUUUGAUUCGUUCCCGGAGGGACCGUUGCUUGGCAAGCUUCUGGGCUUCUUUCUGGAUGCACUCCUUCCUCGAUUGUCUCAGUGCAAAGCCGAACAGAAAACAACAUCAUAUACGGAAAAUCGGCAUAAACAAGCACAACAUACCACGGUAGCGGCAGCGGCAGCGGCAGGGACGGGAACAGCCACGGCAGCACCUACUAUCAACAUCCAAAGUCCCGACUUUGAUGAAGACAAUACCAAAAUCCAACGAUCAUCUCAUCUAACCAUCGACACACAACUUUCACCCACAUCUUCACCAAGCAGUCCACAACAACACCAUCAUAUACAGCACACUGCACGCGAUCCCGUACAUGCGCUAUUUACGCCACUCGUAUUCUUCAUGAUCGAAUAUCUUGAUCCGUACCUUGAAGCAGCACACUUAUCCGAACCGCUUACAUUCACGCUUCCACAUCAGUCCCACUCCAUUCACAAUUUCCACAAGGCACUGUGCUUGAUGAUCAAUCAGAAGCCUGACUUUUAUCUCGACUUGUUACGUGUUAUUUCGCACGGCGCGCCUGAUGUCAGAUUCAGGGCCUGUCAAAUUUUAUUCCACUACUACAAUAUAAGCACUGGCCACGUGGUUGUCGCCGAAGACUUGCCUGAAUUUGGCUCUAAAACCGAGAUUGAAACUCUUGCAAAGGCUAUGGAACAACAGACAUUCGAACAAGACCAGCAACAUCAGAACGACCCGACGUUUCUCGAAAGCAUGAUGGGCAAUAAUAACAGUAACAACAACAAUAACACGGUAUAUAACGGUAUCAAUCGAAAAUACCGAAGUGGGCUUCUCAACCCUGUCGUCGGUGCUUCUUCGCCUGCACCACGCAGCGACGAAUCGCUGGACGGAGACGAUAACUCUACGAACAGUCGAGAGUCGCAUAUCUGGUUUCCACACAUGUUUGCUGAAAACAGCAGAAAUCAGGCAGAAGAAUUGACGCUGCAAGCAUCACAACGUCUUUCGACUGGAAUCCAGGCGUUCAGUACGGUCGUCCACGACGAUAUGAACGGCGCUUACUGCAAAGAGUGCUACAAAAUUAUCAAGGGUUAUGGUUUACGGUGCUAUCAAUGCAAAUGCAGUCUGCACUAUGGCUGUCUCUCCAACAGCGAGCAAGACAUUAUGCUUUAUGUAAAAGAAGGGGGCAUCCAAAAGGUAGUCAGCCCGCAAUUCUGUCGCAUCCCGCCACAACCACGUUUUUGCUGUGAUACCAGUGUCGCUGCAAGCAGCAGUUCUCCGACAAUUAUCCACCUUCUGGGUCACCAGUUCAUCCUUGUCAACCUGUACACCCUGAUGUUGUGUGCAUCGUGCUGCUUGCCGUUAUGGGGUAUCUCUUACCAAGGUUAUCGUUGUUCGACGUGCAAUCGGUUCGUGCAUCCCGAUUGUUUGGCUAAAGCAGAACAAGAGGGUGGGUUCAAGCACGCUGCUUCAACGAUCCAAGGAUGUCAUCCGUAUCAGCCGUUGCUCGAAAGCCAUACGAAAAUCUCAGAAACAGCACUAUGCGAUGGACUCCGUGGAUUUUAUGGCGAUCUGUUCCCGUCUUCCGAAAGCGACAUGGUUACCAAAAGCUUUGAAGAGGUGGGUGUGAUGCUCAAUAUACUCCUGAUUCAGGACAACAUUUUGCAGUGCGGUAUCGCUUCUGGUUGUCUGUUGAUCAGUCAAGAAUCGGAUGAUCCGUUGCUCGUUCCUCAGAACUGUGAGGAUGUGGACAUGACACGCGUAUCGAAUGCAUCGCCAGCGCUUCGUAACGCACUGAGACUGUGCAUGAAGUACAUUAAGACAGGUAGCUGUCCGACGUCACGAUUUCUGGGCAGCUUCUACAGUAACCGGCAACAUAUCGUGGAAGAGUGCGUGCUGAGCAAGGAAGAAUAUUUGGCACAUAUCUGUGCCAUGAUGAAGUCCGGUAUUGCAUCGACUAAGCUAGGCGAAAAACACACCUCCUUGACAAGCGAUUAUUUGCAAGUGGAGCAAUGGGACGAUCAUCCGCACGGCGACGACGCUUGGGACGCUACACCCCAGGAGGUGAUUGAUCGAGACGCGAUGCUGGAAUGGCUUAUGGACAACGUACGGAUCAAAAGUCGGCGGGCAGCCGAGAUAUUGCUGCAACAUAUGCGAAACUUGGGUCUUUUCGAACGGCAAGACGGCACGCACAUGUUGUUCACGCUCGCAGGGGAUAAGCCCGUCCCAUGUAUCUUCCCCGUGCCUUAUGUGAUCGACUGUAUGCCAACAGUGGAGACGCUGGUGGAUGCUAUUGAAGCUUGUCUUGACGAUAUCGACAUUACCAUCAAUGAAUGUGGUAUGCUUCUGCUGGUCCGUCGGUGCUGGCCAGAUCCAUUCAUUUCACGGUAUACCUGCGAACGGUUGAUCCUGGCCAUUCUGUCAUGGGUAUUCCAAGAGGACGAGAAACUAUCUGCUUUACAUGCCGAGUACACGGGAGACCAUGGCGCUGGUCAUAAGCUCCACCCGUUGCCAGGUGUCAAGAAUAGUCGGUGGACGCAGGCUGCUCAAGCUGCGUUAGUGUCACGCAUGAAGGGUGCCGACAAGAACAACAGACAAAGCAUUACCUUUGCCAUGGGAAUGAGCAGCGGUGCAGGAAAUGUGUAUGUGACAACUCGUGGAGCACUGCGCGAUCGUUACUUGGUUCGCUGGAUGGCCAUGAUGCAUGAAAUGGACCCCAAGGGCUACGCAUCAAUGCUGUUUGAUACGAUCGAACGUAUCGUUGAAGGCAAACGCGAAGAAUGUGUCCCAUGGAUCGACAGCCAAGAUGAACAGAAAGCAACAACACAGCGCUUUGAAGAGUUUGUCGGGUAUAUUUUAAAGCUCAAGGCCUCUGGAUUAGCAUUCUCUGCUCUUGACGAGGUCUUGCAACGCUGGCUUGACAAGUCUUACGACGAAAGUGAACAACAAGGACUGCUUCGCAAAAAGGAACCUGCGGAUAUACGCAAUUUGGCGAAAUUGUGCUCCUCUAAGGUGACUGUUUCCAAAUCGCCAGCAGCCGCUGGCAAGUCUGCAGCAACAGCGGCAGCGGGCGACCCAAGCCAUGCUUUUGAUGUGAUCACGGCGCUUUUUGCAGCAGGCGAUACAGGAAGUGUCGAGCGUGGUAUGCGAUGGCUGGCGCUGGUCAUGCAUGCAGGCACCGGUAUUCCCCCGGCCUCUGUUGCGAAAAUUGCCCGCCACUUGGUGCUUGCGCGUGCAUCAAUCACCACUACUGCCAAGUUUGUGGAACUGCUCUGGUUCCAGAGUGUCAACAUCCUGAAUGUGAGCACGUCGCGUGCCGUCAUCAUCGAUGCUGUCGGGUACCUGAACGAAAUUGCAUUGGAUUCGUUGCACGCCAAAGAGAAUGACCAAGACUUAUCCAUGGAGCGCCUUGCCAGUGCACAGAAGUUUAUAAAGUACAGCGCUGCAUUAACAUGCUUUGCAUACAAUUGCCCGCUCGGAAACAUUGCAGAACUUGACAUUGUACCCUAUUUUGGAGACCACGUGGCACAAUUAACACACAACAAACGCGCAUCCACCCAUGUCGACAACACAUUACCGAUGCAAGUUGACGAAAACACGCCGGUUAUCCGCUGCAUGCUGCUGUAUCUCCGAUUCGAUCAACUGAAUAUCCGUGCGGAUGUGCUCAAGAUGUUCUACGCACUUAUCCAUUGGGGAUUCGGCAUCAGCAACAAAUCAGACCUUAUCAGUCAGGCGACUCCUGCCUUGACUUCAGCGUAAGUCCCCGUGUCUCUUUUCCGACUCUCCCUGAACUGUACACACAAGGCAGUGGAAUUCACAGAACUUC